GUAUAGAUACAAAUAAAAGAGUAAAUUCUAUAUGUAAAGGAGGGAUCACCACCGUCGUCGUCGUUCUAACAUGCUCCAUCUCCUCCUUCUCUCCGACGAAGAACAUUCCACCACCAAUAGCAUGCCCCCUUCCUCCUCCGCCUCUAGAUCCUCCGCCAAUCACAGCUCCUCCUCUUCAUCCUCGUCUCUCCACCUCUGCAAGCACUCUCCUUCCGCGACUCUCGACCUCCUGAUCCUAAUCCUCGUCCUCUUCUCCGGCGCUUUCCUCCUCUCCUCUUACUUCUCAUACCUGUUCCACUCAUUCUCUCUUCUCUCCUCUCACUUCCCUUCCCUCUCCUCCUUGAUCUUCUCCGACGAUGAAGAUCUAUCGGCGAUCCCUCCGGCCUCAUACUUCUUCGCCUUCGCCGUCUUCUUCGCCGCGUCGAUUGCGUUUCUCGACCUGUGCUGUGGGCCGAGAUCGAGGAAGUGUCAGAAUCCCAAGUGUAAGGGUUUGAAGAAGGCGAUGGAGUUUGAUUUGCAAUUGCAGACGGAGGAAUGUGUUAAAUCUGGAGCUACUAAGGAGAUCGAUCGAUUGCCUUGGAAAGGAGGUAGUGAGAGCAAUCCUGAUUACGAGUGUUUGAGAGCUGAGCUUAGAAGAAUGGCCCCGCCUAAUGGCCGUGCUGUAUUGCUUUUCCGAUCUAGAUGUGGCUGCCCUGUUGCUAAGCUUGAAGGUUGGGGACCUAAGCGAGGCCGCCGUCAUAAAAAAUCUCAAGCGAACUUGGCUCUUAAGGGAGGGGUAGAUCACCGCUGAUCAGUUCAUCAAGGGGUUUAUCUUUGAUUUCGUGACUGGAUUUCAAAGUUCACUGGCUCGCUGACAAGAGCUUCUUCUUCUGAUAUCUCAAUACUAUUUAGAUGCUCUGUGUCUGAAGAUGCAACCAAAAAACUUGGUUAUUCCUUGGGUUUCUGUCCCAUUGUGGCUUUUUAAAACAUUGUUUUGUUUACAGUCCCAUGGACAUAAGCCAAGCUUACUGUUAGUAAGCGAAUGGAAAAACUUUAUAGCCUUUUACUUCAGAUAUUUAGAACUUCAGCUCCCUGUUAUCUGUUUUUGGCAAGUCAAGAAUUAUCUGUAAUAUGUGAAGUCACAUGAAACUUUCCUUGUGAGAAGCGGUUUUGGUCAUAAAAUCCACAGGACAGAAAAGCAAAAG